GACGAAGUUGUUGUUCUGCCAAGUAGUAUUUCGCUCCGCCACGGUCGCCGAGCGGCUCAGUACCUGUCACGCACUGAAUCGCCGACUCUACUCGGGGCUACUCGAGGCUACUCUUCUCAUUCUCUUGAAUGCCUGGUGUCGUCGUUCUUCCCCCAUCACAUAGUCUCGCAGGGUUCGGUCCAGACACUCACAGCGGAGCACACUUACCUCGACCUAUCAAUCUUCCCUUGGAUUCUCAAACUAUGCACAAUGGCUUUUCAUCUUCAGGAUCUGUUCUGGAGAUCAAGGAACAUGCUAAAAGCACUGCGGAACGCAGUAAAGGUUUUAGUGCCAAAGCACUCAUUGGGUCGGCCCGUUCCCAGAUGCACCUGGCUCAAUCGAGGGACGCCGCUCAGGACCCAAAGGCAGCUCUGCAUGCCCUCUACGUCGCAGCUAACCUUAUUACGACUUAUACAAACCACCCCAGUUACGCCGCAGACAGGACCAAAGGGAGCCCAGUUUACAAUGAGUUCCUACAGUUCCUGCAGGAAAACAGGGAAUCUCUGAAGCGUAUCAAAACCCUCGAGGCGGAAAUUGAUCUUGAGAGAUCGACCACAACUGUCUCACCCCAUCAGGGAGAAUUAUCCAGUAUAACAUCCCUUGCGGAUCGGAUGAAGAUGCUUGGUCAAAAUGGACUCGUCGACCCCACGACAAAACGUUAUUCACGGGAAGUUCCCCCUGGGACUCCUCCUCCCCUGUACAUGCCGGAUUUAGCCCGCUAUAAUCGACCGUCACCCUCGUUGUCCUCUACUGCUGUUCUCAGCACCGCAUCAUCUGCAUCAAACUCUACAACACCUUCGCCAUACGCAGUCGUGCCGCCGUCGUCAUUUGGGCCGCCGUCACCGACGUCUACCGAAUCGUCAGAGACAGGUCUUGAUCAAGUUGUGUUCGGUACCGCUGGAGUCGCUGCAGCCAAUGAAGUAGAGAAACAAAGUGCAGAGAAGGAUCUGGGAGGUACAUCAACAUUCGAACCGGCUUCACUCCCCUGGAAACCUACAAUAAAUGGCGCGUUGUCUGGCAUACCCUCAUCACCUGAGCGCCGGUUUCCGGAAUUGCUGAUCGACCCUUCAGGGUCAACGUUAGAAUCAACUUCACUCCCCUGGAAACCUUCAACAAAUGACGUGCUAUCUGGCAUACCCUCAUCACCUGAGCGCCGGUUUCCGGAAUUGUCGAACGAUUCCCCAGGGCUACUGCUUAAGUCCCACGAUUCAGAAACAUUAAGUGACACUCCCGCUUCCAUAAGCCGCGCGAACGUUCUUACACACAUCCCGUCAUCUAUAUCAUACAGCUAUAGUCGUCCUGAUAGUACACCCCGCACACCUUCCGUAAUACCCCAUUCUCUCACAAACGGUUCCGCAUCGAUACAAUACCCCUCCUUCUCGACCACAAGUGCUUCCUCUGCUUCUAGGUCAGGGGCCACGUCCGUAAUCUCUCGCCCCCCAGCGAUUCCACCGCAGGCGAGCAUCAACCACUCUCCACUUGUUCGGAGGCGAAGCGACUACGUCGAACAAGGUACUGGCAGUGCGUCAUUUAGCGCUCGCCUCCCCAUCGAUUACCCCGAUCUACCUCAUUCUCACAUUAUUCGCCCUCCCCCUCCGGUCGCUUCCUCCUCGUUCCAGCGGCAUCAUUCCCACUCGCAAUCAUAUUCCGUUAGCACACUUAAGGAGCCUCCCAAACCGCCUACAAUAGCUUCUACUUAUCCCGUGACAUACUGGUCUGACAUGCAGAUUGUCACGGUUGGCCUCAAGAAUUUGGGAAAUACAUGUUACAUGAAUGCUACAAUUCAGUGCCUCAGUGCCACGGUGCCAUUUGCGAGAUUCUUCACUGGCCGGUGGAGGAAGGCUGUUAACGCGGUCAACCCCAUGGGAACGAAGGGGCGCCUCGCAUUGGCAUUUGCAAACAUUCUCUACGAAAUGUCGCAUUCUGAACUUCCGCAUCUGAUCCCCGCUUCGUUCAGGAAAUCAAUCUGCACACAUGCUCCUCAAUUCUCGGGAUCUGACCAGCAUGACUCGCAAGAAUUCCUCACCUUUUUACUUGAUGGUCUCCACGAGGACCUCAACCGUGUCCUUAAUAAACCAUCCAAUGGAACAACGCCGGAACGCGAGGCUGAACUGGAGCGGCUUCCUCAGGCGAUUGCCAGUGCACAGGAAUGGGAGGUUUAUCGGAUGCGGAACGAUUCACUUAUUGUAGAUUUCUUCCAAGGACAAUUCAAGAAUCGGUUGGUGUGUUUGACAUGUCGUAAGACAUCGACAACGUAUAACUCCUUUAUGUACCUUUCGCUUCCCGUGCCUUCCGUGAAGGGCCCGUCCAAGACAUCCCUGCAGUUGUGCCUAGACGCUUUUGUCAAAGAAGAAGUGCUUUCGGGAACGGAGGCUUGGCACUGUCCGUAUUGCAAAACUUUGCGUAACGCCACUAAACAGCUCUCGUUAUCACGCCUUCCGCCAAUCCUGCUUAUCCACCUGAAGCGCUUCUCGCACAAAGGGGUAUUCACAGACAAGAUUGAGACCGUCGUUGACUUUCCUCUCAAGGGUCUGGAUCUAACGAAUUACAUGCCUCCAGCUCUACCCCCCGGAAUGCGUAAUUCAGGGAAUGGUAUUGGCGGUGAUGAUCCGCGAGUGCAGACGCCACCAUACAAAUACGAUCUAUACGGCGUGACCAAUCAUUUUGGAAAUCUAAGCAACGGACAUUAUACCGCUUAUAUCGCUUCUCGUGGAGGAUGGGUUUAUUGUGACGACAGUCGGGUCACACCGACUGACGCCAAGGAUAUAGUGGGACGCCCAGCAUACGUGUUGUACUACAAGAGAAUCGAAUCAUAGAUCAAAUCACUAUUUAAGAUGCUUAUUUGGAUGUUUAUUUCCUCGAAUCAAAUCAAACUUACAUCACUAUACUUGCUGUCAUCCCCUGUAGCUCGCAUGUCGACGUGUCGUUCCUUACUAUUUGCUUCUCUUCACGGAAUUUACGUAGUCUACAUACUCUCACAUCGAUAAUGACAUUUGCUCUCGGCGUGAUCGACUGCAUCGAUCUAUCAUGGACCAGCCAUGGCGGAUACCACGUGCAUCGUAUAGUGUAUAUCUGCUGUGAAAGAGGCCCAGGAUGGAUACACAAAAUGACGACGACGUAGACAAGUCAAUAUUUUGUUAACGAGCAGAUUCAA